UCCCUGCUCUGCUACAAUACCCCAUCUUCUUCUACUGUCCACACUUUCCAUCUCCAUCUUUUUCCAGGUAAAAUAUAACAAGAAAAAUCUUUAGCUUUUGUGGUAUCUUCAUCCACAUUCCCCAAAGGGACAAUGUGGGGAAAUGUAAUAGGUUUGAAAAGGAUAGAGAAUUAGAUAUACAGGUAGAAAGAUCUGAUUUUGGUUUCAAGAGAUGUACAGAACACCGUUUCCGGCUCAGUUCUCUGAUUCUCACCGCCGUAUCAUCGACCACAAUCCCACUCCCGUUCGAGCCUAUCAAGUUUGGAAAGGAAGCAAUAAAUUUUUCCUUGGAGGUAGAGUUAUAUUUGGUCCAGAUGUAAGGCCAGUCUUCCUUACGAUAUCUCUGAUUGUGAUCCCAGUCGUUUUGUUUUGCGCUUUUGUUUCCCGAAGAAUCAUUAGCGCAUUCGACAAUCAUCUGGGCGAUCUCAUUGUAGCUGUUUUGAUUCUGUUAACCAUAUAUGAUCUUAUUCUUCUGCUCCUCACUUCCGGGAGAGAUCCUGGCAUUAUUCCUCGGAAUUCGCAUCCUCCGGAACCGGAGGAAGAUUAUUCGACUAUGUCGACGGAUUGGCUUGGUAGUCAGAGUAGUUCUGGUGUUCCUAAUUUACCACCUACCAAAGAUGUUGUGGUUAAUGGGAUGAUUGUCAAGGUUAAAUACUGUCAUACGUGUAUGUUGUACCGGCCACCACGGUGCUCGCAUUGCUCGAUAUGCAACAACUGCGUCGAGAGAUUCGAUCACCAUUGUCCGUGGGUGGGGCAAUGUAUUGGGAAGAGAAAUUAUAGAUUCUUCUUCAUGUUCGUGUUUUCGACAACCGUACUAUGCCUGUACGUUUUCGUCUUCUGCUGGAUAAACAUUAAGAAAAUAAUGGCCGAGUAUCGGUGUAAUCUGUGGAGUGCAUUCGUGAAGUCCCCGGUUUCUGCAGUUCUUAUACUAUAUACAUUUGUGACUGCUUGGUUUGUUGGAGGUCUCACUGUGUUCCAUCUCUAUUUGAUUUUUACCAACCAGACAACGUACGAGAAUUUCCGGUACCGUUACGAUUUAAAAAGGAAUCCUUACAACCGUGGUUGUAUUCGCAACAUAUUUGAGGUAUUCUUGUCCAAAAUUCCCGAGUCCAAAAGUAACUUCAGGGAAAAGGACAAGGUGGACUCAUAUUCUCUCAUUGGCUCAUCACUGUCAUUUCGGCCUAUGACCGCAGAUAGGCCAAAAAGAAGCUUUGAUAUUGAGAUGGGAAAGAGGCAAACUGUUGUUGCCGAGGAUUUCGAAGAAAUAAGCAACUGGAUCGAUAGAGUUGGGGUAUUGGAGAGGUGUGGAACAGAACCGAGGCACACAAUGCAAAGUGACAAAUCCGACUGGGAUAUGUCGCCUGAACUAAGUGUGUUGGCUGAAGAUUUCGCAAUGGAAUACAGUUUCAAUGAUAGAAAGUCUAUAAAAAAAGGCCACUGAAACUGUUUUCACCUAAAAUUAUAGUCGGAAAGCAUCAUAACAAUCUCGGAACUACUUGAAACCCACCAACCUAGAUGAUUGAAAUCGGCAACCGAACAAUGUCACUACGAUAGGAAUCCAUCAGAAUUUGGUUUUUCAGGAUUUAUUUGUCUUUGCCAGGGAGGAAGGUUCUUGUCUGGUUAAAGGUAUGCUGAGCUUGUGUGAUAAAUCUCACUGCUUUGAUAGAUUCUGGGGGUAAGCUUUUGUGCUAUAAUGUGCUGGUUUGUGAGGAAAUGUAAUUGGUUUGAUUUGUAUGUGAAUGAUUGAAUGAAAUCAUCAAUGGUAGAAAAGUUUCUUUAACUGUAGUACAUGCUUACUUAAAUUCUAGGGGGGACGACCGUUCUUGUCAGUCCGUCAGUCCUUCGGUCCAUCCCUGUAUAUAAUAUUGAUAUAGAGACGGUUGUUGGAUGCUUGU